AUGUUGAGAGAGUGGACAAGCAAGAUCAAAAGCUUUGCCGAGGGCAUCGCGUCGCCCGACUACGACGACGAGGGGCACUCUGGCAGCGGCGAAUGUGAAGAUGACGAGGUGGACGGUAGAGUAGAACACAGCCACUACCGGCCCCAUGAUGAGCGAGGCCAUGCGCGCCACAGAGGCAGCGUGGGCGUGACACGUGCGACAGCACAUGGCCAGCACAACAGUGGAGCCGUCUAUGGUGACGCUGGUAGUGCCGCCGUGUUGGAAGACCCGACGCGGCGCUUGGCCUUGCAGUACAAUGAUCUGACGGGAGAUCGGCAUGCAGGCGCCUGCGCCAGUGUCGACGCUGCCGCAUAUGCACGGGCGUCCUCGGUUUCGGCAGUAGCGGCGCCGUCAUUUCUCUCACUAUCGCCAAGCCCACCUUCCACAGCAGCUUCGGAAAAAAAUCUUCCCGGCAACGUAGGGCCGCUGAUGGCGUCUCCACAAGCGGUGGCCGCCACACAGUGCAAUGGAGCCGAGCAGACGCCGGCUGAAAGUCCAGGCGAUGACACUGUCGCUGCACACUCCUUCUCGUCCUCCCCUGGUGGCGCUCAGACAGCAUCAGCGAGCGCAGCAGAGCGCCGUGGUCCGCCGCAGGCAAGAAUGACUUCCAGUCCUCAGCCGGACACAUCGCAGCCUUUACCAGCACAACUCUCAGCGCCGCUCUCAUCGCCUUCUGCGGCACCCAUCUCAUGUAUUUCGCCAGCGAAAUCUGCAGGGGCGGUGCUUCCUGCACCUGUGGCCACUGCAGCCCCGCCGACGCCGCCAACGCAACAACCGCAUUUACCAGAGCAAGCGCAUAUGCUCGGUCAGCGCGUUGCUCUUCUCGAGGCAGAGAAGGCUCACCUACGAAGCGAUAUAUGCAAGUAUCAGGACGAAGUACGCGCCAGACACGAGCAAGCUGUGCAGUACUACGAAGUGAAGCUCAGGGAGGCUGCAGGGACGGCAGCGGACACCGCCAGCGCGCGGGAGGCGAACGCGCAGCAGCAACCUGACGCACUGCGCGCUGCUCUCCAGGUAGCUGCGGACCAGCUGGAGGGGGAGAAGGCGCUCAAAACAGCACUCGAGGGGCGUGUCGGCGAGCUGCAGCAGGAGGCUGAUGAGCUCCGCGCGAGUCUCGCCGCAGCGCAGAAGGAAGUAGCGACCACGACAGCAACUGCGACUGCAGCAUCAGCACCUUCCGGGACACCCGACGCGACCUCCGUACCUGCAGAGGAAGAUUGGUGUCGGGACCAUUCGGAAGAGCUGAACAGCCUCAAAAACGCAGUGGAUGUGAAGACCACGCAGCUAGCGGCACAGGCGGCUCAACUGCAGUCCUCAGAGGCACUUCGCCGUUCCCUGGAAGCUAAGUUGCAGGCGGCGCAGAGGGAGGCGAUGGCGGACGUCACGGACGAUCAUGGCAAGCGUGCGGAUGCCGCGCGCGACGAGCAGCACUCUCAUGCGCAACUUCAAAACGAGGUGAACCGGCUGAAAUGUGAGCUGGAGGCGGAGCGUCGUCGCUCUGCUACGACACAGGCGCUAUUCGAGGAUGCCCAGCGGAAGAACGAAGACCUCGCCGCGCAGCUCGCACAUGAGCAAGCCAUUUCGAAAAGCGUUGCUGCUACUCUAGAGCAGACGCGGAAGUCGGCCUCUGCUUCCGCUGCCACUGCCGCUGCCACUGCCGCUGCAUCGGCAGCUCACGGCGAAGAGCGCCAGCGACUCGCCGAAAAGCUCGACCACGUGGAGGCAGAGCGCGGUGUGCUGCAGCAAGAGGUGAGGCAGCUCACGGAGGCGGCGGGUCAGCUACAACGCACGCUCGACACCCGAGAGCACGAGUACGCGGUGGCGCAGGCAGAGUGGGCCGAAGCCCAGAAGGCUUUGCUGGAGAAGCGAAGCGCUUUCGAGGCUCAGAUGGCGAAAGACCGGGACGCUUACCAAGAAGAGCUGCGCCGAUUACAGGCGCAGCUGGAAGGGGAGCAGAAGCGUGGCAAGGCGCUGGAGGCUGAUAAGCAGGCCGCAGAGCGCGCUUGCACGGCGGCCGAGGCGCACGCGGUAUCAGCGGAGCAGCGCUGCGGUGUCAUGCAAGAGGAACUCGCAGCUCUCCAGCAGCAACUAAAGCGCCUCAAAGAGGCUGAGCAGAAUCGCCAGCAGCAGGAGCGGCAGCGCAUGACCGAGUCGGAGGCAAAGGAAAGCGGUGUCAGCAUGUCUGCGGCGGUCCUCACGCAAGUAAAGAAAGAGUUGGAGGGAAAGGUGCAGGCGCUGGAGGUGAUGAUGGAGCAGCUGCAGCGCAUGACAGUUGACACGCUGGUGCGCUUGGGCGUGGAUGUGGAGCGCGUGGUAGAGGGAAGCCGGAGGCACGGCGGUGGCGCAGAGCGGGAACCUUCGGGCGGCGACGACGGCGAAGAGGACGACAAGGAAGGCGAGAGGGGUUGGGCAGCGGCGGGUACGGAAGUGCCGCUCCUGCAACUCUUUUCAUUACUGAUGACGGAGUCUCUGCAGCAGCACAGUAUCGUGCUGCGGGCAGAGCGGGUUCAGCAGGAGUGGGAGCAGACCUAUGAACAGGCCCGUCGAGUCAAUGACUCGCUCAACCAGCAGAUGGCUGAUGCGUGGGGCGUCAUCGGGAAGCUCCGCGAGGAGUUGUCGCUGAAGGACGAGGCGGCGCGUCAGAUGAAGUCACACGUGGACAGUGGCGACGCUCGACUCGUGGAGGUGCAAGAACAGCUGACCGGCGUCAUGCAUGAGUUGCAGACGCUGCGCGAGGAGCGUGCGGGGUGGGCCGUGCGGCUGCAGCAGGCUGAGACUGACGCAGAGAGCCAGGCGAACACUGUGUCCUCCUUGCAAGAGGAGCUGAACACGCUACAGGACAUGCUGCAGGCAAAGGAGGAGGAGCUGCAGACAUCCUUACAAGGCAACGAAAACCUGCAGCUCGUCCUGGAUCGAAUCCAGGAAAAUAAGCGACAUGAGGUGGAGGCCUUGACUUUGGAGUCUCAGCUCGAGGCAGAGGAGCUCAAGAAGCAGCUGGCAGAGGCGCGGCGAAUCAGAGAACAGCACGAGAGCGAGGUGGCAUGUGUGCGCGAAGGCUUUGAGCGGCAGAUCGCAUCGAAAGACGCGGAAGUGACAACAAUGCACCGCAAGCUCGCGGAGAUGCGCAAGGCGCUAGAGAAAACAACGCGGCGGCACAUGGACGGUUCGGAGACAAGCAUUGACAAGCGCGUCGUGUCACAGCUUCUCGCCAAGUACAUGCACGCCUUCGUUGCGCAGCGGAAGGAGGCAGAGGACAUGCUGAAGGUGCUCAGCGGUCUCCUCGACUGGGAUGAGGCAACGCAGGAAUACGUGGGACUGUUGCCUGGGCCAAACAACCCGCAACCGCCAGACGGAUCUGCCGCACAGCGAGGCGGUGCUCGCCGGGGCCUGUUCAAAUGGCUUCGUAGCGGGGGAGAGGAGGCGAACAAGGCAGGACUGGCGUCCAAGUGGGUCGAGUUUCUGCUAAAGGAAAGCGAGGGCAGCGGAGGCGAUGGCCGUGCAAACCGCAGCGACGUUGGCGCCACGGCGUCCGUUCCUGCUUCGUCUACCUCGACCCCCCUCCCGGGCUCGCAACCCGUCCCCUCACUAAGCUUCCCAUCACCUUCUCCGGCGGCGGAGACGGCAACCCCGGAGACUGCUGCAAGCCGCCAAUCGACAUGA